AUGGCUGCUGAAGAAGGCAGCAGUGCUCCUGCAGCAGCAGCUGUCACUGCUUCAACGGUCCACGAGCAGCAAGGAACCCAUGCGGAUGAUGAGGCUGGAAAGAGGACGCUCCCUAAACAGGAAGGCGAUGGAGAAGGCGCGGGGAGUGCCGAGAAGACGGAGAAGGGCCGCCCCAACAAGCGUCAGCGCACAGGCCCAGGCGCCUCUACUCUUGAGGCACCGAAGGCAAGAGGAGAAAUGAGCAAAGAGGAACUGGAGGCCGCUUUAAAGCGACAAGUGGAGUACUAUCUGUCUGACCAGAACCUUUCAACCGAUGCCUUUUUCCAUGGGAAGAUCCAGGAAGCUGAGAAAGAAGGCAAAGGAGUGGCUCUGAACAUAAGCUUUGUGCUUAGCAGUCCUCGCAUCCAGGCCUUGAAGGCAACAGCGACCGAGGUGUUGGAGGCCUUAAAAGGCAGCACAGAAGUCACCGUAAGCACUGAUGAAGCGGGAAACGCAUGGAUUGUUCGCAAGGGACCCCUUCCCAUUCUUCGUAGGAAGGAGAAGAAGGCCGAGAAGAGAAGGGAUGACAAUACUCUUGGUAGAGAUCCACAUGCUGUUGGGUGCCUCGCGCGGCUCAGCAACUUACCAGCUGAAGCACCCAAGUGGCAGUCAAUUAAGGAUGCCAUCAGAGAACAUCUUCCAGAGAAGGUACAGAUCCGUUACGUGUCUCGCGUUGACAACAAACGGCAGUGCGCCGUUUGGCUUGGUAGCUUUAAGGGAGACCGCGAGCUUCUUAAGGAGCCAUUGAAGCUGCAAGUGGAGGGAAGCGAGGCUUUGCUUUCCCUCAUGAGCCCAAGCAGUGUUCGAGCCUGCUGCAAUUCUGAUCUGCCACCGCGUGUGCGCAUGAGUCGGGAGAAGGAACUGCAGCAGUUUCGUCGUCAGCUGGCAGGGCUGCCUCUUCUAGUGGCGGGUACGCCGUUUAAUAGCGUAGAUCAUCUACAUAAAUGCAUGAACGACUUGCUAGACAAGACUGAGGCGGGGAAGACCCUCAAGCCGGACUCAGUUGCCGAAAAGGCUGUGUUGGCGUUGCUCGAGUACCACCCAAACGCGUACGUGAAGAAGGGGGGAGCCGAUAAAACCCCGUGCGGUGUCAAAGUUGACUUUCAUGAAAAAACCAAUAAGGCCGGAGAGAAGGUCAAGUGCUUCUUCGUGCUGCGGAAGAACAACAAAACACAGGAAGAAGAUUCCGAGGACUUUUCGCUGUCCAAGUGCAUGGCUGAGGUGUCGCGGAACCCACCCGUAAAGCCCGAGGCCUAUGAGGCCUUUAUGCAGCAGCGGUACGACGCUGCUGCUGCCGCAUAUGAAGCAGCACAGCAGCAGCUGCAGAAGAGGCGGGCCGCUGCAGCAGAAGCAGCGGCAGCCACGGAAGGGGCCGCGGAGAAGGAAAAGGAAGACAAUGUGAAGAGUCAGGAUCUGGAAGCGAACGAUAUCACUACUAAGGAACAUAAUAAUGAAGAGGCGCCUGCAGCCAGCACUACCAGCACGCUAGGACGGGCAGAACCGUAG